ACACGUACUACCUACAGCACACGCCUCCUUGACUUGAACUUCCUGUCAUCUGGGGCUGAGAUUUACAGCAAAGCCUCUUCAGCGUUUGCUCUGCGCGUGUGACCUACCACGCCGCCUCCUCCUCCUCCUCCUCCUUCCGCUCCCUCGCUCCCGGAACAUCGUGUCCUAUAUGCGGCCACAAUGACAGCCAAGCAUCGGAAGGGGAAAAGCAACCACAAGCACGAAGAGGACCAAUUCAAAAGUGAAAUUCCCGAAUCCGAAGUUCGAGCUGGAGGGAAUAGCUACACGUUUGCGUUGUUUUUAUGCCUCGUCGUUGUAUUCGGCGGGGCCACCGGAACAUGGUUCUGCUACCAGCAGCACCUGACCGUGACCCACUUGGCAGACGCCCUCACGAGCAUGCAGAUGAAGGUGGUGAAGCUCCAGGCGUCACAGGAGACCGUGCGACAAACUAACGAGAAGGUGCACUUUUCGGAUGAUGUAGAAAGUCGCCUCAAUGCUCUGGAAGAGUCGUAUGUGUUGGCCCACAAACAGGUGGAUGAGGCCUUAGCUACCACAGAACAGCUCAAAACAUUGGACCUCCCCGCUCAGGUGCUCUCACUCCACACAGAGAUGAAAUCCCGCCUGGCUGAGAUCCAGCAGACCACUGUGUUUAUGGAGCAGCUGCACCAGCUGCAGGAAAAACAUCAGGGGAAGGCUGAGGAGUUUGAGGGGGUCAGGCUUCAGGUGGAGGGUCUCGUUACGUCGAGCGCUGACCUAUCUAAGCAGGUCCAAGCUGUGAUGGGGCGCCUGGAAAAGGCAGAAGCCAUGCUGGAUGAUGUUGCCACUCUGAGGAACAUCCUGAAGAAGCAGACUGCACACCUGAUGGGCCUGCAGGUUCAGCUGAAGUCGUACCAGACCGAGAUGGCAACAUUCAGAGAAUCUCUGCCGAUUGAACGCUCCGAGCAGUUCCAGCAGGCCGACGUGGAGGAACAGAUCAGUGCAGUUCGAAUGAGUGUUCGGGAACAGAACUCCGCCACCCGCAGCCUUCACGCAGAACUCAGGGCUCAACUGGACAACCUUCAAUGGCAGGUUACACAGCUGGUAGGAGCUGUUGAAUCUGUAUCAGACCCUGUGGAGCAAGCUAAGGAAGAGGAUGCAGCUGCAGAAAAGCUAACCAGCCUUGCAGCAGUGGAGUCUGACUCAGAUGAGCCGGUGGAGGAAACUUCAGAUGACAAGGCUUAUAUUGAGCAGAUGGAACAACCGCUUACCUCUCCGGAAGCUGCAGAAACCAAUGCAACACACACAGAAGGGGAGGAGCCUAGAUUGGAGACGGUUCGGAGUGAUGAAAAGCAGUUCCUGCAGGAGUUACUGCUUGUUGAGGGUGAAGCCAACCCAGAGGACAAUGAUUAUGAUGAUAAUGAUGACAGAAUAGCUGAGCAAGUUGAAUCAGAAGAGGAGAUUGACAAUGACGUUGAACUGUAGGACGAAUGCACCAGAAGACAAUGUUUGUGAGACAUGGGGAAGAACUCCUUCAGUCAACAGUGACAGUAUGACAAAUAGUGAGGCAUCAAGUGCUUGCUCUGUGUGCAGCAUACAGUACAACGGGUGAUGCGGGUGCUCCGUGAAAGACAGCUAGUUGAUGAAUUCGGCCACUAAACUGAAGUCGGAUUACAAGGUUUCAGGUUUAUCUGUCAAUAACCUCACAAAACCUCCAAAGCCUUAUUCUGUAAACGCUUUCUGUCUUUCAGUUAACUAUGUUCUACUUCUUCCAAAAUCUGGGUUGCGCUCUACACAACAACAUGCAUUUUCUUGUUAACUCAAAGCUGUAGGGAUACGGUUUGCUUGUUUCCAGGUCUGAGGAGAAAAACUAAUUUGGAGAAAGAACAAGGUUAGCUGUAGAGCUUGGGAAAUUUUAGAAAGCAAUGGGUGUCACACAAUCGGUUUCAAAAAUUAAAUAUGUGUAGGAAGUUUUAUAAUUGUUGGUAGGUUUUUUUUUGCUGUUGUUGCAUAUUUCGCAGUAAAACGCAACUGCCACCAAUUUAGAUAUGUGUGUUUUUACUUGUCACAGUCACUUGACUACUGGGAGACUCGAAAGUUCACAGGGAUGCGAGCCAUCAAAUAAUGACAACAACUAUGCAAUGCAGAAAAAGCUGUGCUUUUUUGGUAAACAUUCUGAAACAAUAUUGUUUAUUCAUGUUUCACAGUUUACUAUACCACAGUACAGUAUUCCUUUUAAGAACUGCUGUACGUUUGACCCAUGAUGCACCUAAACUAAGGUGAACUGCAUUUUUACGCUGUCUUUAAAAUAAACUAAAUUGUUCAGUUUUGUAAAGUGACUUUGUGUCAUAUUCAUGGUUUUGUUGGUCAUGCCAGCAACCCUGCUAGAAGCAGGGUACACAAGAAAGCCAUAGUAAAAUCUCUUCAGAAAGUCAACUAUCCUAUCCCUUUUAAUUCCUUAGCUAACUUAAUCUUUGUGGGAAAACGUCAUUAGAUCAAGGAAAAAUAAAAAGGCGUUUUCUUUUGAACAUUGGAAAACAGCACUGUUUGAAAUGAAUUUCGUAGAGUCGGUAAACCUAUGCGGUGGCCUAUUGCUUAAAGAUUACCGCAUGCUGUUAAGGAUUAUGGAUAGCAAAUUUUCUUUUCUUUUCACGAAGGUUGGUCAGGAGUAAGAUAUGGUAAAGGUUGGUUAAAGGUUGCAUAAAGGCAAUUCCUUCAUGUACUUCUGGAUCAUUUUGCAUGGAUAGAAAUGGAAAGUUCCGAAGGGAAAAAAAAAACAAAACAGGUCCCAUGCAAAUUC